GGCAGUCCGCCCAGCAGCCGCGCCGCGGCCGCUCCUUCCCCGCCCCGCUGCCGUCAAGCUACCGCCUCCUCCUUUCCGGGCUCCCCCGCCCGAGCUCCGCCGCUCGGCAGCCCGACCGCCGGUACCGAGGCAUCGGUGCCCGGUCCGGUUGGGGAGGUGCCGGGACCGGCCCCGAAAUCGGGCGAGGGGGCCGGGAUGCUGCUCUCGAAAAUUAAUUCGUUGAGCCAUCUGCGUUCCGGGACCGGUGGGGAGCUACACACCGCUAAACUACAACCAGGGAAAGAGAGGGAGCCGCUGGAGAAGCUCUACCAGGUGGGCCCGCUGCUGGGGAGCGGCGGCUUCGGCUCGGUUUACUCGGGUAUCCGCCUCUCCGACAGCACCCCGGUGGCCAUCAAACACGUGGCCCGGGAACGCAUCUCCGACUGGGGCGAGCUGCCCAGCGGCACCCGUGUGCCGAUGGAGAUCGUGCUGCUGAACAAGGUGGGCUCCGGCUUCCGCGGCGUCAUUCACCUCCUCGACUGGUUUGAGCUGCCCGACAGCUUCGUGCUGGUGCUGGAGCGUCCGGAGGCGACGCAGGAUCUCUUUGACUUCAUCACGGAGCGGGGGUCCCUGUCCGAGGAGCUGGCGCGGGGGCUUUUCCGCCAGGUGCUGGAGGCCGUGCGGCACUGCCACAACUGCGGCGUCCUGCACCGCGACAUCAAGGACGAGAACAUCAUCGUCGACCUCGCCACCGGCGAGCUCAAGCUCAUCGACUUUGGCUCCGGCACCUUCCUCAAGGACACAGUCUACACCGAUUUUGACGGAACACGGGUGUACAGCCCACCGGAGUGGAUCCGCUACCAUCGCUACCACGGCCGUUCAGCAACAAUCUGGUCCCUGGGCGUGCUGCUCUACGACAUGGUCUGCGGGGAUGUCCCCUUUGAGCAGGAUGAGGACAUCAUCCAGGGUCAGCUCUUCUUCCGCCGGCGGGUCUCUCUAGAGUGCCAGCAUCUCAUCAGGUGGUGUUUAUCCAUGCGCCCCUCGGACCGGCCAUCUUUGGAAGACAUUUUCAACCAUCCUUGGCUGCAAGGCAUUCACCUGCCCCAGGAGGCGGCGGAGAUCCACCUGCACAGCUUGAUCCAGAAGCCUGGCAAGUAACAGCUCCACGCAUCUCCUGGCCAUGAGAAGCAAAGAAAACCAGACUUUUUCCUCGUGACCGUAGCACUGAACAGGGAUCAUCAGAUGGGAACACGCACAUCUCGUCCAGGAGCUGGGCUGGAGACCUGGUCUUCCAAGCGCUGGUGGCCACCAUCCAACCCAGCUGUCCUGGACUCCAUCUGAAUGACCCUGUCUGAUUUGAUGUUUUGCCAGUAAAAAAUAUUUUUAUUUUUAUUUUUUUGG